AGGUGAGAUAGGAGACUGGAAGAACACGUUUACUGUAGCCCAAAGCGAGCGGCUUGACAGCAUCAUCGAGUCAAAACUCAAGGGUUGCCAGAUGUUUCGUUUUGUCUACUCCCCGUGACGUAGAAAGCAGCACUUGAUGACUUACAGUGCUUGUGGCUGUAGCUACGGAGGGCUGGGUGACUAUUAUGGCCGCCAUUUCCACUUUUACUGAUACACAUGCAGGCGGCAUCGAAAAGAAGGGAAGAAAAGGAGUUUUUGGUUAGUCUCUUCUUGAUGUUGCAAGUCUACAACCACUCCCACCCCCCUUUCAACCUCAACCGCUCAUUCCCACCCAAGGCAUCAUCAAAAGACACAUUUCCAGAAGAAGUGACGACAAAAAGAACUGUAAUACUUAAUUAUAGGAAUCCAACCAGAUUCCCAGCGGGGUUUUUUCCCCCUCAAAAAUGUUUAAUAAAUGCUGUGCAAUGUA